AAUGCUCACCAAAACUCUCAGGAGAGCACUCACUUGUUUGUUUGCAUCGUAAACUAACGAGAGGAAGUGUAGCCUGCCGCUGUGAGUGAUGGAAGAGACCGGAGAAAAAGAGAAGAAUCUCAAGCGGUCAGCAGACACCCAGGUACCGGAGGAGGACGUGGUGGGGGAGGGGCAGGAGCAGGGGGAGGGUGAUGAGGGGGACACCCAGCCAGCCAAGAAGCCGGCUCUGAGUAGCGGCUUCUCUUUCCGACCGUCUCCCCUGCACAAGGCCACUCAAGGUCUCAUCUUGAGACAGUCCACUCUCACUCCUCCCUCCACCUCCGGGUCAUGUUCAGUGGAGAAAAGCAGUUCUGCUGGACCAUCCACUGAAGUUGGUUUCCUCAAGUUGGAUAACAGUGAGCUGAACCCCAUCCUCGCCUCCUCCGCCUCGUCGCCUGCCGCUAUCAAUGGUAGAGACGUCUUCAACCACACAGCAGAGGCAAAGACUGGAUCUUUCUCCGGUUUCAUCCAGUCCGCCAGUACAGUUCCAACAUUUUCGUCUCUGUCAAGUAUGACUGGCGGCAGCAGCAGUAGCGGCAGCACGUUUGGUAGGGUGGAGGGAGGGAGGGAGGUGCAACCAGUGGAGGAGGGACGUGGUGAGGAGGGGAAGGUGGGAGGAGGGGGAGAAGGGAGUGGGGGAGAGGAGGGGGGUGUGGGGGAGAGUAAAGCGGCGGGAGCAGCGAGCUCCUCGUCAUCCGUGGUGCCAGUCCUGCUGCCAGAGGUCCAGAGAGUCACAGGAGAAGAGGGAGAGAUGAAGAUUGUCCAGAUCAAUGCCAGACUGUAUGCAUUUGAUGCGGCCACUCACUCCUGGAAGGAGCGAGGAAGAGGAGACAUUCGUCUCAAUGAUUCCUGCCAGAGCGAGGGGCUCUUCCAGUCCAGACUUGUGAUGCGAGCGUCGGGCAGCUAUCGAGUGCUGUUCAACACCCACCUGUGGGCCGAGAUGAAGUGUGAGAGAGCUAACCAGAAGAGUAUCAGGAUCACCGCCCAGGACAGAGACGACAUCGCCGUCUUUCUCAUCACAGGUAACAACAAAGACAUUCAGCAGUUGUUCAGUGCCGUAGACCACCGUAUCGAGGCCCUCAGACUCAACGCCCAGCACUCUAGCGGCGAGACAAACCCAGCGCAGAAAGAGGGGCAGUCACGAGUCUCCCGCGAGAGUAGUCCACUGGACGAGGAAGACAAGGACAGUGGGAAGGAAGAUACUCCCUCUAGUCCAGAGUCAACCGUGGAGAGCCACUUCAGGGAGAAGGCCGUUUCUCUCCUUUCGGAAGACAACGCAAGUGGGUGUGAGGAGGAGGAGAGAGGGAGGGAGGAGGAGAGGGAGGGGGAGGAGAGAGAGGAGGGAGAGAGGGAACCGAAGCAGAGCGAGGAUCCUCAGGAGACCAGUAGUACAGUCUCGGGGACAAAAUAGUUGUAAGACUCUGUGUUUUUAGCGUAUAUUUGCAUCACUCCAUUCUGGCAUCAUCGUGACAGUAAGUAAUUAAUGUCCGUGUUAUGUUGCUCCCUCUGUUGUAAUACAUUACUGAAUCA